GCGGGCUCAAGUUCGAAUCGUAUGACCCGCGCAGAAUUUUGUGGUGGGCUUACUUCCCUUCCAAAUCUUCACUGGUUCAUUUUUUGCCUUGAAAAUGAAUGAUUUCUUGUAGCUAUCAUGGUGUUCGAGUCCUACGUGGUCGAUCUUCUAAAUAAGUUCGCCGGCCAGUACUUGGAGAAUCUAGAUUCAUCGCAGCUAAGAAUUGGGAUUUGGGGAGGUGGGUCGAUCGUAGCGGGAGUUGCACUAGCUUUUGUGUGGAUCGCAUUUUGAAUCUAGUGUUUUUAAAAUAAUAUAUGUUGACGUUUACAGGAGAUGUCCAACUGGAAAACUUGAUCUUAAAGGAAAGCGCUUUGGUGAGUUUUUUUUUGUGCAAUUUGCUUUUGUGGCGAGGUCGUGGUCUGUUUCCUUGCGAAACCUACAUGUACAUGUAAUUUGCAGUGUUGCACCGUUUGUUGGGGAGUCCAAUAAAAAGUAGAAAAAAUAGCGAAAUCGCUUGGACAAUAAACCAUGAGGUUAUUAACCUCACUUAUUAGUUAAGUGGCUGUAGUGAAAGAAGUUCUGAAUGACAUUGCUUGUAUUUACAACGCUUGGUUAUUCCGGCAGUUAUUACAGGGCUUUAAUUUGUCUAUGAUCGGGAAAAUGGAAGUAAUGACCAGAUCUUGCAAAGAAACGGUGAUACUUUAUGUAUAAACCCCUCUGUUAAUUUCAAUGUAGCUUUUUCUUCGCAGCUUAAUAAUUGUAGAAAUUACUGCUCAGAUAAUUAUAUACUCGUCAAAGCUAUCGCUACAUAAACUCGAGACCCUCUGCUUCAAUAAAUAAUGAGUAAUAAGCAAGCUUGCAACCUGUUAUCUUGAUACUGAUACCUGAAAAGAGCGGAGGCGUGAAAAACAGGUAUAUUCACGAGUUAAUUUCACCUUUAAAAUGGCUGAAAUUAAUGUGAAUUUUAAUGAGGUUAGUCAUUAAAAUGGAAAAAUAUUUAAUUAUAGUAAUGAUAUCACUAUAAUUAUAAAAAUUACUACAAAACUAAUACACUCUUUUUUUUUUUUAUAAGAAUAUAUUUUAUAAGAAUAUCGAGGGUGAAAUUUGCGAAAUUUUAAGAAUAUUUUAAGAAUAAAGCCGAGGCUGAGAUUUUGAAAAGGAUAGAUAUAAUUUUGUGUGUUGAAACAUCUGUAAAUACAAUACAAUUUUAUGUUUUUAACUUAACCAUAUAAAAUUAUUCCUUUCUCUGAAUGGCGAAACUAGCCAACAAAACGAAAAAACCUGCACUGGCUAUAGCAAAAUGUUCAACGCUAAUGACAGUUCGAUGAACGGUACAUGUAAUACAUGUACAUAUACCCCAAUAAAUUCUAAAACGGAAAUGUCAUAAGCUAUAAUUUAAGAAUAAUACAAGAAUAUUUUCAGCCUAAAAUCGGCAGAAAAAUAAGAAUAUUCAGGAAAACAACAUUCUUAUAAAAAAAAAAGAGUGUAUUGCAAAACAUUUCUGUCGUACCCUGUCUGUGAAGUGAGUGACCCCGAUGAUUAUUGUUUUAUCUCACUUUUUGCUCCUAUUUUGAAGCUACUGGUCAAAAUUUAUUUAAAGUUCUCUGUAAAAUACUUAAAAAAAAAAAAAGCAGAUUAAGUUUGUCACCUGGUGACUCCAUUAAUCAUGGAUACCAUUACUGAGCUAGUUGAUGCCCCAUCUCAAAUAACAUCUCUUGUCUAAUAAAUGCUCUCCUCGUGCUUUCAAGUUUGUCAUUAGACAGCCUUCUCUUAUAAACACCUCCUGUCUAAUAGAUGUCCCCCAUGGCAAUUACUCCAAAAGGAGCAAAAUCAUUCAAUUAAGUCAAUUUCUUGCUUGAACAAAAAGGGUUCGCCCGUUGCAUGUUGUUCAAUGCCAAUUUCAGAUUAGGGAUAGGCUAACAAUGAUGGCACAAUGAGCCUGAAUGAUUGUCAAAUUUUUAAACCUCAGCUUCACAAGGCCUCACAAAUUUAUUCAUUAAUUGUCUUUCCUAUCAGCUGCAAUAAUUUUUUUAUUGUUUAAAUGUAGUUUUUUGUUUGCUAACCGCCAAAUGUAGUUUUUUCUUUGCUAACCGCCGCCUGGUUAGCUCAAUGGGAUGAGGGCCGGUCUGCUGAGCGGGAGGCCGUAGGUUCAAACAGCGGCCGGACCAACACUCAGUGUCUUUAAAUAACUGAGGAGAAAGUGCUGCCUAAUUUGUAAUAAUUUCUGCAAACGGUUUGACUUUCUAGUCUUCUUGGAUAAGGAUGAUAAACCAUAGGCCCCGUCUCACAAGCCCUUGCACGUGUGAUAAAAAUCUGUGGGACGUUAAAGAACCCACACACUCUUUGUAAAGAGUAGGGCAUGUAGUGCCCGGUGUAGUGGUCUAUCUCACUUUCACAUUCAUGUAUGGGGGCAUUAAUACUCAUUCCUUCUUUACUUGUAAACUCCACCUUAAACAGUCUGGCAAAGUCCCCCAACCAGUGUUGUAAAUUAUCCCUGAAAAGCCCGAGGGGAGUGGAUAAUAUGAUAUUUACAUUUACAUUUACAUAUUUACAUGUUCUGCUGGGAGCAACCAACAGUUAACAUGAAUAUUAUUUUCUAUCACUUCCUCAUGUUUACAUGUAAUUUAUUAUAGGAUGAUCUUGAUUUGCCUGUCAAGGUUCUUCGUGGCCACCUAGGUAAGAGUCUUUGAUAAUAGAAUGUGUUCUGGGUAUAUUCAGUCAAACCUUUCCACAAUGGCCCCCUUGGGAACAGAAGAAAGUGGCCAUUGUAGAGAGGUUUAACAGGUUUGUCACUAAGAUUUCAAGUUGCUGGGUAAAUACAACAAGUAGGCGGGGAAUCAAAUGGCUAGGGAUUUCUUUUGGUUCUAUUUUUCUUCUAUUUUCCAAAAAAGUAGCCGGGGGCCACUCUCUUAGUAGCCAGGGAACAUCCCCGGCCCCCGGCUCUUAAUGACAACCCUGGUUUAAACAAGAGUCAAUGUACAGACUCUCUGCCUAAAAAAACGGUGGCUGUUGUGGAGAGGUGGCCAUUACUGGAGGUUAGACUUUAUAUUUUGGGUAAUAGAAUGGUGUUACAGGUGGUUGAUGGGAAAGAUUAUGCUCAGAUCUGGAAAUGCAGCAUGCUUCAGGGGCUGUUAACACGGAAGGAGGAAGACUUUAGCACCAGGAAGAUCCUAGGGAACAUCAUUUUGUUGGGUUUACAUGCAGAAAUUGCGGUCUGUGUUGUUACCAACUAGAGAAGGAAUAAAAGAUGGUGGGCAACAAUAACAAACGUGCAAUAUUUGCCUUUCUGCUCUUUUCACUGGCAUUCAUAAUUACCUCUCAGCAGAUGGUAGUUCUUUCCAAUUGGUAAUGCCAAACUAAAUGCUUGCCCUGGUGAUAGGACCAUCCUCCCUCCAUGUAAACAGCCCCUCAGAGCUGCUGUGGCUACAAAAUUGCAUUGUCCAUUUCAAUGUCUAUGCUUAUAGUUGUAUAAAACUUGUAGAGUGACGGCCAUAAUGGUUAGUAUUUUCUUAAAGUCUAAGUCUUUUUAGAUAUGAUUAAGUCCUCAAGGGUUUCAAGUCUGUUGAUCUCUUUGACUGUACCAUAUUGCAUUGGAGGGGCCGGGAUAAACAGGGUCAAAUAAACCUGUCCUUUUCCAUUUCUUUCACAGUUUUGUUCUAUGGGUAAGGAGAUAGAUUAGGCAGGUCAGACCCUUCCCUCUCUGUCUCUUUAUGGUGCAUUAUUAGGGAGUUUAAGAUAUAUACCGCAAUGGCAAGGGCGGCAAAAACAUCACUUCAAAAGUGAAUCUGCAUCCUUUCAAUCUGUCUGUCGCGAUUAUUCCAACUUGUUUUUUUUUGUCAAAUGCAGGCAAACUCUUCUUUGGUUGAAUUCCUGAGAACCAUUUCUAAGUUGAAAAAGGAAAAGGAAAUUUCACUGUCACUUUGUGCACAUCCUCCAAAAAAUGUGAAACUAGGCAAUUUCGCCUGGUAGUCAUGCAGUGACCGCAUAGAAAUAUGCAAAAAUAGUGUUCUGCACGUGCAAAGUUGUUGUUUUGCUUAUCAUAUGUAUUGCUUUGUGGAUAUUCUCAUUGCUGUUGCCAUUGUAGCAUCUUAAACUUCCUAUUGGCAAGGAUGGGUGAGGGUAUAUGCAUGCAUGUAUUUAAAGUCAGGUCAGAACCUCCUCCUUUCUUUCCAUUUUUAUUGCAUUGCAUCGAUGAGACUCAACUAUAAGAGAUAGAGAUAGUUGGUCUGAGAAGAGUUAGAUCCUCCCCUCCAGAGGUGGCGUGGGGGGAAGAUAUGAGGUCUGGGACCAAGAAACAAUGUUCUCACAACUUGUAAAGCAGUCACCCCACGUGGGGGUGAGCAGAUAAUUGCUGUGUUUUUCCCACAGUAUUUAUUUUUCAAGAAGUGAGAAGCGAGAAGCGAACAGACAGAGGAAAUGAUUAAAAAAUUAAAAAAAUAUCAUGUAUCUUUUUCUUGCAUAUUGUAUUUGUCUUUUGGUACUGAAAUUGCGGGGGAAACUAAAACGCAACCAUGUUAGAUCUUAACCAACAACAGUGUGCUCGAUCGAUUUAUAGAUCGUUAUAGAUCAUGCGCAUGAUCACUACACAAGUCCACUGGCAAGACCCUCGCUGAUUGCUUUGCAAGUUGUGAGAACAUUGUUUGGAUUUUAUUAAGAGAAUGUAUGGGAAGUAGCUUCCCCCACUACUCCCCCCUCCAAUUUCCUUUAUGCCACCAGAUUAGAAAAAAGAGGAUAAAUAUUGAGCUGAGAAUUAAGAGGUAAGAGAGAGGAGAGGGGAUAGAUAGAAGUCAAACCCUCCUCUGUCUAUUUUACAUGUCUUUUUUGCCUUUUCUGUGGCCUCUUUGGCUGAAUUAUGCUUUUUCUGGCAUUGGUCAUUAUCUUCCUCUUGCACAAGUUAAAAUCAAAUCAAUCAAGCUUUAAUUUUUAUGGUAUCACUUCAUUAAAACGCUCUUUCAGUGAGCCAUUUAGGUGACAAAUUUGUAAGAAAAAACUACACUUAACUUAGAUGCUAAACAAUGACAAUUUAUUUAUUAACAAAAAGAGAACGUUUUACUUUAUUUUGAGCCCUGAAAAUAGCCAUUAAGCUAACCUAAACUGAUGAUGUCUCAAGCGGUGGAAGGGAUGUAGUUAUGGGUAGUUCAGGGGUGAAUAGGAUAUAGUGUACAAUGUACUCAUUUUGAUGAGAACAUUAAAUGAUAUCAACAGGAGUAUACUAGAUAGUGCAACAUGGGCCUUUUCCUCUCAAGUAUGACUUGUAAUAUAAUCAUUGCAGGGAAGCUAGUGCUAAAGAUUCCUUGGAAGAAUCUGUAUUCUGAGCCUGUUGAGGCCCAAAUAGAUGGCCUCUAUUUACUUGUUAGACCAAAUACUGGUAAGUAUUGAUAUACAGUACGUGUCAGCUAGCACCCUUCAAUUCCUGGAGAGUCUAAAGGUCUGAGUGUCGUUAAGUAGUGUUAAAUCAGUUCACAUGCAAAUUUGCUGGAAAGAAAAGAAAGAUCUGAAAUGUACAUGGAUAAAUUAACAUACAUGAUGCAGUAUAAAAAACAGGGCUUCAGAUAUUUUGCGCGGUCGCAGAGCCGCGAAAUUCAGGUAACUCUGCAAAAUCCCUCAAAAUUCACAAAAAAACACACAAAAUACCAUGAAAUUCGCUUGAAAUCGUAUCAAAUACUUAUUGAUACAACAUAUUCGAAACUUGAUGAACAUAAUCUUGGCUAUUGGGGCUGUUUAAUUGCUGUAAACGUAAAUUAAGUUGCAAAAACCUGGGCGCUAGUCAUAAUGUUAAAAGCUAAAUGCCACUGGCUCAUUUCUCGAGCAUGCGCUUUGUUGUUAAAAUAGCAAAUGAUUUUCUCUGUUAAAAAAACAUUAAACAUCCUUGUCAAAGCAGGGCAGUAUCGAUUGAUUUCUAGCAAAAUUUGCCCAGAAAAUUCCCACGAAAGUGGCUGUUUUUUACCGAUUGUUUUUCAGUGAAGUUAGCACAAAAGUUUCCACGAGAUUCCUGCAAAAUCAGCGGUUUUUUUCGUGAAUCUGUUUCUGAAAAUCCUGUGAAAUUUCACUUUUGUCUGUGACCUAUCAGAAGCCCAGUGUAAAAACUAUGUCAAAAUGAAAAAUUGAAUCCUUACACAGAAAUCAUUUUACAGUGUACAUAUGUAACAGCUGAGUAAAGAAGUGUUGAACCCACCCCAACAGAACAACAAUCAAACCUUUCCUAAAGUGCAGACCACUCAAAAUACAAAGGUGUAGGGUUGCUUAGAGGGGUGGCACUCAUGACAGGCAAACAAUAGAGGGUCUUAGGGGAGAAUUAACUGCAUACCAUUUUUACUAAACCCUUUAAUAUACCUUAUUAUAGGAAAUUAACGCACCAUUAAAUUAACACGAAUUGUUAAAAUUCACGUUAAUUUAAGUCGUGUUAGUUUUGUUGAGCAGUAAUUUCUGCGAUGUUAAUUAAGUGCAGCGUUAAUUUCCAUGCUCUUAAUUUCCAGUAUUUUAACGCCAAUUUUGGAACCUGUCCAGACAUUCUUGACAGCUAAAAAACAUUAACUACAAGCUUUCUUUCUUUCCAUAUACCCUUCAUUUUUCAUCUUUCACAAAAGAUAAGGUGAAGCUUACCUUGAAACCCUGCCACGGCAAGCUAAUGAAAGAAGUCUAUGAAUGGCUUUUAACAGAUAAAGGAUUUAAGGGCAUUAUUUUAUCAGGGUGGAGAUCGGCCGGUAUCAUGGACUGCGUGAAAAACACUAGAAAUGGCCAGAUUCUGUCGAGUAACCCCUACGUUUAGAAUUUUGAGUACGGUUGUGUCGAGCACAUGGCUCAGUUUUGUUCAGUUUUGAAUUUUUUUGCAUCCAGUGUUUGCAUCCAGUGUUUAUUUGUUCCAGUUGUCACCACCAACUGUGUCUUAAUUGCGUUAAUUUCCAUUAUUAUGAAAUUCUACCUCCUCUUUCGCGUUAAUUUUCUUUAUUCGAAAGUCGUUUUCCAUUAAAUUCGCGUUAAUUUAAGUCGCAUUAAUUUCCAAUACCUUAAUUUCAUGGAGUGUUAAUUUCCUAUAAUAAGGCAAGGUUCCAAAAGUAACCAACAUCAAUUUCCUCCCAACAGUAUCCAUAACAUACAGUGUAAUCAAGAGAAAACCUGUUGAGAAUUAUAAAAUGAUCAUUAAUGGCAAAAUGCUCUGGUCUUUAAUUAAAUUCUCUUAACAAAUUCUUCAUGGAAAUAUAUGAGCUUCAGUAUGGAGAAUUUGCACUUGGAUAUUGGGGCUUAUUUGAAAGGGUUAACAAAAUUACAUGAAGUCCCUCUUUACACUCCAAGUUGCGCAGUACAUACAUUGUACAGUGAACAUAGAGAUCAGAUGAUAAUAAUAAUUAUGUUUUUAAGUGGUCCCUUAGAGGAAUAGCCUGCUAGCAAGUGAGAUCGCUUAUGAGGGGUGUUUUACACGAUUGUUUCCAAUUUUCUAUAGGCUUAAACUCUGAAAAUUUUGGUGCAUUUAAAGUGUUUCUGGAACAGUAGUUUCUUAUUGGAGGUGGUCAUUACAUUGAGGUGGUACAGUGUAAUUGACAUCACCUCUAUAGUGGGGGUCAAUCAUGUAGAAAGUUCUGUUGGUGAACCAAUAGACUACAACAGUAAGGGUACAUGCACGUGUACAUGUGCCUUCCAAAGACUGCCGUACUGCCUGUGUCUGCAAGUCCCUAUUUUUGAACUUUGCUUUAAUUUAUUGACUGUUACUUUUCCUUAAGUUGUUAGAUACAAUGAGGAGAAAGAGAAAAAGGCUGAACAGGAGAAGAAACAAAGACAGUUGGAAGCAAUUGAGCUGGCAAGGAAACUAGAGGAGGAAGAGAAGAAGAAAAAUGGUGCAGUACUUCUUCAUUCCUUAACUUAUUUUAAUAAUGCCCCAAGUUAACGUUACCUUCAUGAGGAAUGUGAGACUUGGUGUCCUUGGUCAAUAUGGGAAUGGUUUGUGGAAAGGGGCACUCAUUUAAACACCAUUACAUUUUGUAGUUUGAUGCAAAUUUUUGGGAAUUGUUCUGAAACAUAUUAGGCACUACCUGAAAAUGUAUAGCCUGCACGGGUGUCGCAGAUGUAAUUGUAACCUCAAUUUGUAACAUCUGCGAAGCAGUGCUGAUAUCCUUGUUCUGGGCCCUAAUGUACUCAACAAAUUACUGAAGUGUGUUGAAUGGUUGAAACGUUUUGAAUUUUGUUGUUUGUAACUUUCAGCUCCCCAGAAAGAUGAAAAGUCUGACAGCUUUGUGGAGAAGUUAGCCAUGCAGAUUGUGAAAAACCUUCAGGUACAUGUUAACAUAGUGUGUUUAGAUUUAAGGGGUUACUGGCUUUUUCAUAAUUAAAUUUUUGAGAUUUGGGGACUUCUGGAAGUUUAGUUUUACCAUAUCUAGUGUUGAGGAAGCUGUGAUAUUAACAAUACAAAAAUGAUAAUACCUAAGCUACAUGUAGGUGUUCACUCUACAUGGGUUAAUAUUAUGUGUUCCUUAAUUAUAAUAUAUAUAUGUUAUUCACCGGCUGGGAGGUCCGUAUCGGGAGAAACUGUGCCCGAGGUCUUGAGUAUCCCCUGUAUUCGAAUAAAAGAAGGCGAUGUGGGUAACUAAACAAUUAUAUAAAGAAAUAAAAAUGGUGUAACUGACUGCUGGAAAAGUUGUUCGUGUUGUUUAUUCAAGAUUGGAAGCUACAUGCAAUCAUUGACAACAACUUUUUCUGAAAACUAGCAAGGCAAAAUUCAAUGAAAAAUGGCAGAAUCUAGAUUCAGAGAGCAAAAAUGGAAAACAAAUCUACAAACAGAGGAACAAAAUUGUUGAAUAAAUGGUGCAUAAGAGCAAGAUUGCAGUACUUGCAGCGUAGGUUAUAAAGCUUGUGAAGCGACAUCACAAGCCGCUUUUUUUGCUUUACUUUACCAGUUUUCCUGGCUGACUUGCUUGAUUCGCCCUUCAGAUGUUUUGUAUGAAUAACAAAAUGUACGUUUCUCAAGCUAACGCUAAUAAUUGCACAGCUAACCCUUAAAUAAUAGUGCAAGUUUUAAAUGAAAAAUGGUUAAAAUUUACCGGUUUUGCUCAUUCACAAACAAAAAACAAACUUGUGAAUAAAGCUGCCAACGAUUCCGCCCGGGUUAGCGGGCAAGAUCGUAAAAAACUGCCUGCUCUCGGAACCAAUCAGAUUGCAGGAUUUGGAGAAUACAGCCCGCUUGCAAGCUUAGAAAAAAAUAAAUUAUUUUACGUCUUCAUAUUCUGAGGGACCCCUCAAACAUUUCAGUGAUUUAAUAUAGCUCCCAGUUUUUCAAAAGCUUGAGCUCUCUAUCUAGUAUAAAUCACCAUCCACUGAUAAGAAUCUGGAAGAGCAGUAUUGUCUCUGUGAUCACUCUCUAAAUUAGCAGUUUUGCUUUGCAGGUCUCUGUAUGCAACAUCCAUGUUCGUUAUGAAGACUCUGUAAGUGCAACAUAAUAAGUAGUACUGUAUGCUUAUCCAGCUAAAUUAACAUCUCCCCUAGAUAGGAGUACUGUUGGUGUUUUGGUAGGCUCAUCAAGUUUAUAUAGUCAUCAUUAGAGUUAAAAUACAUCUAGGUGUUGUAGCAUCAGUUCAUGGUAUUAGCCUCUGGCUUCUGCCCUGGUUCAUGUCAGAAGUAACCUUUUAUGAUGAGGUUAGGGUAAAGGUGCACACGAACCAAAGGCCCAAGCAGCCAGAGCUUAUCCCGGUUUCCUUAGUGUGAAGCAUACCUAGGAGUAUAAAUUAUUGCUACUCCCCCUUGGAUGGGAUGCUAGUCCAUCACAGGGUCACCCCCCAGCAGUAUGUUGCCGGUACCCAUUUAUACACCGGCUGAAGAGAGACAAUGUGGACAAGACGGAGGAAGCUUGAGCUCCAGACCUCCAGAUCUGGAGUUUGAAGUGUUGACCUCUUGGCCACACGAGCCUCCUUCAUGAUGAUAUUGUCUGUAAAGACAAGCAAUGUAACCAACAAUCCUACUCAGAAGUACACUUUUGUAUAUGACCAUGGAACCUGUCUGUGCUGCACAGGCCAGUUGCCAGUAACCAUUAUGUGCAUCCAGUGUGGAAAAUACUGCUCUGCUUUUUGACAGCUGUGUUAUUUGUUACGAAUCUGUGUAAUUUCUUCAAAGCUGUGCUCUAGCAAUGCCUGGUGGCCCAUAGCACCCAACUUCUGUUCCUGAGCGACUAGAAAAAAUUUUUUUUGCAUAGAAAUCAUGUGUUGGGCACCCUGGAUAUCAGAGCACUGGGGUCCCUUCAAUAGGCCAUUUUAUAGUUGUGGAUGGAAGCGAGGCUGAGGCUGACCUUCUUUUGAUACAAACCUUUCUGCUUUAUGAUGUAAAUCAAGUUAUUCUUAUGCUAACUAUUAUUUUUCAAGAACAAUUUCCAUAAGAAAGCAAAGAAGGUUUGUAUCAAAACAAGGUGACCCUCAGCCUCGCUUCCAUCCAUAACUGUAAAAUGGCCUAUUUUACAUAGAGCACAGCCUUGUUCAUGUACAUGUAUCAGUAUUGGUGAAAAAAAAAAAAACAUCUUCUCACCAAACCCUUGUUUAGAGUCACCUGAGCAAAUCAUGGAACUUUGGUGCGCUUUGAGACCUUUAUUCUGUUGGUUCAAUCAUUUGUGAUCCAUUAGUUUAUUGCCUCGUUACAUGACAAAUAUGGCAAAAGGUACUUUUAAGGAUUAUCUAAAACUAAGUUUUGCACAUUCUAAGAGUAGUCUGCAUGUUAACACUUGGUUUCCUUUCAUUUGUCUUUAAGGUGACCAAUCCAACAUCUCCAUUUUCCAUUGGUAUUACUUUGGAGAAUCUGUCCGCAGAGGUAAAACAAUCUGUCUGUUAAGUCAAGUUGAGAUGCACCAGCCAGAAAAUUUAAAUAAUAAGAAGAAAAAAUUUAUGUAGGCAGUUAUAGGUUAGAUCAAAAGGUGCAGAGCACUCUUCAUGCUGCACAGCCAGGACCUCAGGGCUGUCACUAAAGGCCAGGGGCUGGAGAUUUUCCCCAGCUACUACAAACAUGACCCCUAGGGCUCUAUUUUCAUAGGAAUCAAAAGGAAAUUGAGACCAAAAGAACUUCCUGGCUGUUUAGUUCCACACCUUAUCGCAGUUACCAGGCAUGUUGAAAUCUUAGCGACAGCCCUGUAGAAUGUGUUGAGCCAGGUAUAUAUGGAAGGGAAUCUGCUCCCUUCCUGAAAAGUACAUUUCUGUGUGUGAGCUACCAGGGAAAGAAAAUUGAGUUAGGUAAGUUGGUUAGGAGGGUGGCACCUUUAUUUACCCACAUUUGCCUUGUCUUUUAAUUUAUAUUCAUAAAUAUAUGUGUGCGGAGAAACAAAUGUGAUGGAAUUUUUUUUUGUGAGUGGAUGGCAGUUUCAUGACAACUUUACAGACAACAAUUUGCUGGACCUUGCAAAGAACACUGGAUCUACAUUUGUGUACUUAUAGACUGAUAAAAUACUAUGAAGCUUGUUUCAAUAAAUUGUUUACAGUCCACAGAUUGCAACUGGGUCCCCUGUAUUGUUGGUUCCAGUGUACAGCUUGUACAUAAGGUAUGAUUUUCCCCUUCUUUUCUUAAGAAAGACAGUGUGAGUGACAAAAAAAUAUUUUGCAAAAGUAAUGGACUGUUCCAGUGAUAAUACAAAUUAAUGCACCACACACUGAUUGUUAUCUUAGUCAUGGUCGAAUUAAAUGGAGAAGUAAGGUAAUAUUAGUUCAGCCCAUUUAAGUUAUAUUAGUUCAUGUCCCAAAUGAUGUCAAUGGACCACAGCAAAAGAUAUUGAAUUUAUGCCAAGUGGAAAAGUCAUUAAAGAGGCCAUGUCCUAAGGAUAUUACUGUUUGAGAUCAAUUCUGUGUUAAAGUCACUACUUAGGUGUAGUGGCUUUACCCAUACUCAAAAUGCCCCUGUUGUCAGCUAACAAUAACCAUAAUGACUUUAGACCCUUAUACGUUCCUGGGACAAAACCCACCUACCCUCCCUUAAGCCAACAUUAACACUCACUUAGUGCAAAAUGUUGGCUUAGGGGGUAGGUGGGCAAUUUUCGCAGAAACGUACAAUGAUCCAUAAUUUUGUGGUGAUUUUUGCAGGCAUAGCUAGCAUUUGAAACUUAAAGACAUUUGCCCAACUUUUUAAAGUUUUACAGUCAAGCCAAGUCAAGCGUACCCCCCAAGAUUCUAUCAGUGAAUUGAUUAUUUGAAAAAUAAAUCCGUUAGUCGUUCCCGUAACUGGUGUCAAAUUCAAAGCGGCAUUUCUGCAUGCGUAAUGAGCAGUGAAUAUUUUACGAGAACUUCUCUGUAUUUGGUCAGAUUGGAAAUCUUUGAAUGGAUUAAGCUUCUUAGAAGACAUUUACAUCAAUUUCAGGAAAAUGGAGCUGGUAGAAAUUUCAUAACUGCCUCGGGUGUGAAUUCGCGGCUCAUUACACAUACAAGAAUGCAGAGAUCAAUCUGAAAUCUACAACUAGCAACGGAUUCAACUUUUGUAUAAUAAAUUCAUUAAUGUAUUCUUGGGGGGGUACACUUGACCUGGUUUGACUGUAAUCCAUUUUCAUCGUUGCCAUCCGUUGCAACAGACGACAGGAAACAGUUUCAGUGCCUAAACAUGUUCUUGAAUAUCCUUACUGGACCAUUAUUUUUUGAAAUUCCAUUGAUGCAAUGACAAGUUCUAGCUUUUUAAAAAGAUGGCAAAUCGUGUGACGUAGCCCCUGUGAGUGCCAUUGGAGUGCAUUUUCCAGUUUGGGACAAACUUAUUGUUAUUUCCAUCUCACUUUUCCAUGUAACAUUGGAUAUUUAUAAUGAUUUGUUUCUCUCUCUAUGUCAGUGAGUAAUCAUGCAGUCAGUUUAGUAACAUUUUUACUUUACUUUAUGGCCACUGCAUGUGGUAUUUUUAUUUUGAUGCAUUUAUUUUUUUUCUCUACAGCUUGUCAAACUAGAUAGUUUAGCACUCUACUGGAAUUCAAAUGAUGAUAUUGGGAAACUACCAUCUCAAGAAGAGUGGCAGGUAAAUCCACUGAGAACUGACCUCAGCCUUCAUCACUUGAUUGAAAGGUUUUUUUAUUAUAGUCCUAUCAUGGUCACGAUCUUGACUUCUUUAUCUGUUAUCACCAACAUCAGAAAAAAUAGUACUUAAUCAAUACCAUCGUAAUCAAUAUCUCCAAGCCCUUGCACAAGAAAUGUCAGUACACCCAGCCAUUGGUAUCCAUCUGAAGCUAUGGGCACAGGUCUUGCACAAUGGUACCUUUUGUGGCUUCUAACUUGAUAGUGAUCAUCCAGUCUCUGUCACCUUCUUAUACAUACCCUUCAGCCUUAACUCGUAUUUAGCUCUGGGCACCUCCUUUGACCCACCUGAAACAUUGUCAGAACGUCUCCGUCAACCCUCUCUUGAAGUCGAAAUACCAGGAUGUGGCUUUGUCCAGUUAUUACCAAAACAUUUAAUUUAUUUUAUUUCCAGAAUAUAGCUAAAGGAGGAAUAGCCACCCGGAGUUCAAAUCAUUACUCUCCUAAAGACUUUGAAUACAGUAAGUUCAGUUUAUAUCCAUUGCUUUGGCUGGUAAAUAGUGUACUUACUAUGACUAUUUUUGACGUUUUACUGUCUAUACCCAGUGAAUUUUAAUAUACAUUUUCAGGAUGUUCCAAAUUCUGUUUUUUCUCAGACUGGAAAAAUUACUGGAAAAUUAAAGAUCUUUUUCAAAAUCUUCGAAAACUGUGGUCGUUUUAGCUGUUGAAUAGGUUAUGAAUUCUUAAUUUAUUAACAAUAAAAAUUUGAAUUAACGUUAUUGGACGUUUCGCUGGGUCCAUCAUCAUCGUCAUCGAAAAAAUCAUUAUCAUCAUGGUCAGUUAUAAAGCUUUGUCAUCUUCAGUGUCAUCGUAAUCAUCAUCAUUGUCAUUGUUGGAUCGAAACGUGUACGUAAAGUUAUUUCUAAUUUUUAACGUUAAUUGCUUUCACAAGAAACUGACCAUAGGAAUUUAUAAUUGUUGGCCUGAUUCUGUUAUAAUGCAAGGAUUGAGAAUUAUUCCUUCUGUCAGAAAUUCAUCGAAGGGUAUUUUUACUGGUUGUUCUAUAGUUUGAUGCACCUCUUAAAAGUCUCGUGUGUGCAACAUAUUUUUCUAACGCUGAAAUUAAACAUUAUUGAAUAAAUUAUCCUUCUGUUCUCAUGCUUUGAUCAAACCACGUACAUUUUAGUUCAAUUAAUAGACCCUACCACGGUUUUUUCAACUGUUGACCGGGACGUGGCAGCGAAAAUCCGUCAAAGGGGUGAAAAUUUUGUAGUGGGGGGGGGGCGUUCCCCCAUCAUACAAAUGUCUAUAAAACGUCUGUUUGCACGUAUCACUUUGAAACUGGUAAGGUACCUUAUUUUAAGGCUGUCCUUCUAGUAGUGUCCAUAGAUAUUCGCUCACUGCUCUUUACAAAUUGUAAACAAGCGUGGAAGGGUUUAUUGUUUUCAGUGAAGGCUUAUCACUGUUCAUUAUAUUUAACUUUUGUUACUUAUCAGUUCUGCAGCCAAUCUCAGCUACCACCAAAGUCAAGAUGAACAUCAAACCUGGUUCUGAUUUGAGUAUUCCUAAGGUAUUCUUAUAGAGAGUAAACUAAAAGGAGCAAAGAAAGACCAGGACCAACUGUAGGCGUCCGUUUUAGCAAGCUGUCAUUCUUACAGGGAGUAGUUAAAGAGCAAAGAAAGACCAGGACGAACUCUAGCUGUCCUUUUUAGCAAGGCCUGAGUCUUAUAGAAAGUAAACUAAAAGGAGCAAAGAAAGGCCAGGACGAACUCUAGGUGUCCGUUUUAGAAAGGUGUGAGUCUUAUAGGGAUUCAACUAAUAGCAGUAAUGGUACCCUGGGGCCGGUUGCUCGAAGCCUGGUUAGUGCUAACCGUUGGUUAAGAGGUAUCAAAAUGUAUAGGUUUCCACGGUAUUUAACGCUGGUUAGCACUAACCAUGCUUUGAGCAACCCGGGCCAGGAUGUUGUUUUAGCGACGUUUCCGUUAUGGGAGAGUGGACUGUUACUGUACUUCCUAAAUUAUGAAUGUUAUGUCUUCUUAGAUUUUCCUCAGCCUAGUGUUGCAAGAAAUCCAACUUGUUUUGCUGAGACAGCAGUAUCAUGAUGUAAUGGAGCUACUGGAGUCAUUUGAUAGAAUGGCCACAAAUUCAAGGUUCAGGAAGUACAAACCAAACGACCCUCUCCAUGGUCAUGCCAAGCAGUGGUAAUUACAUGUUAAUUUAUGAUCAGUGCCAUAGCGUUCUCGUAGACCUUAACACUAUACAGCACUGGAAGCGCAACCAUGGUUUAAAUGUUGCGUCUCCUCCGCAGAGACUGCCGCUGGGAAUCCAAUAAAAAGAGCAAUAAUCGGAAAAUAGCAAGCGCGCGGGCGACGAUAGGAAUAAGGAAAAGGCAUCGCUUCUUUUCUUUCCUCUUCCCAUCGCCCCCCGCCCGCUCUCGUUUUCUUUCUCCCAGCGUCCUUACAGCGACGGCAACGAGGACGGCAAAAAAGCAAUAGGGUUAGGUUGGCAAAACAUCAUUUUUCACGUGCAUCACGCUUUUUUGUACAUUUCUUUACUGUCGUUGCACGACUACUACGUGAAAUUGCCCGUUUUGUAGAGGACGUGAACGCAAGACAAGGACUCUUUUUUCCCCUGAACUUUACAGAUGUUUUGGAUUUUGAGUUUCUCUGCGACGUCAAUCAAACUCUGAAGGUUCGGUGUCUUCUUAGCCGACCUCUUAGGAAACAGAAGUUUACUACAACGGGUUCAAAAGGUCAUGGUUUGUGAUUUGUGAUUAGUGGAUUUCGAUCCUUUUUGUGUGUUUGUGUUUCAAGGCUCUUUGCUUUUGAACUUCAGAGUUUGCGUGUUUUCACUUUCUUAUAUAGCUCUCAAAUUUUUUUACCUGCUUACUGAAACAUGGCAAGUUUAGAUUCCCAGCGUGAAAUUGUUCCUAUAGAGCUUCCAAACCCAGAAGAAACACGGAUAUGGGAGGGUGAAAACGAAUCGGUACGUUAUCGCCAACACUUAUUUUUGCCGCUUCUGCUCGUUAUUGUCGCCUUUAUUUAACAAGCAAGGACUGGAUGCUAUGGUAACGGUUUGAUUGACGUCGAAGAAAAACCCAAAACCCUGAAACGUUUUUGACAACGCAGGUCGCGUGUUAUCUGAAACAGCUGUAGUGCAGUCCUUUAGAAUACAACUCAAGAAAAAUUCACCAACAUCUGAUGAAUAGAACGUGAAGGAAUAUGCGCGAUAAAGUUUAAAGCAGCGCGAACACGCUUUUUAACUGACGUUUUCGUCGCCGUCGCCGUCGCCGUCGUUGUUGCUUAAGCUCCCUAAAGAAUCCUGUGCGGAGGAGAGAGAAGGUGCACUUCCUUUAGGACUUGGAUGCCACUGCUGUAGGUGAUCUGGAUCCUAUAGUUUUUUUACUCACACCCUGGAUUGAAUGCAAGACUAUCCCAGGGUUUUUCUUGUUCAUUAUUUUGUUUGUACCAGGAUGAAAAAACAUACUUUAAUAUAGCUGAACCUCUCUACAACGGCCACCUUGGGGACAGAAGAAAGCUGCCAUUGUAGAGAAGUUGCCGUUAUAGAUAAGUUGUAGGAGCUUAAGCAACAGCGUUGUUAAGCGACGGACGUCGACCGGAAGUGGACCUUUUGCAUUAUUAGGCAGUGGUUUGUUUGAAACUCUCGGAAAAAUCCUCCUUACAAGAGAAAAGAAACUUAGCAAUACAAAUUUGUUAGCGUCAAGGCAUAAGAGUGAACAAGAGUGAAUGUAUGGGCUGUCCGUCCCCCAAAAAAUGGCCGUUGUAGAGAGGUGGCCGUUAGUGGAGGUUUGAUUGUAACUUAAUACUUGCGUACUCACUCUUCUCACUGCAACAGGUGGAACUACGCAAUCAAAAGUAUUCUGGAGGAAGAUGUGAGAAGGAAGCGAAGGAACUGGUCGUGGGCACAUAUGAAACAACACAGGCGAGUUCAGGAAGUAUUAUAACCCGCUUUAUGUAGCAACCAGAGGAUGCGCUUAGUUAUAAACCCAAAUUCUCUAAACUAAUGCACAAUAAAAUGUAUAGCAGUCAGGAUGGAGAAUUAGUAUUCAGAUCUUCAGAGUUCAAGGGUCAAGGAGCAACGUGGACUUAAAAGCCUUGCUGUUUAAGUCUUGACGAAAGACAAUGGAGACUAUGUGCAACGUCCAACUUUGAUGUGCAAUUUCUAGCAUGUUAUUUUACAGUAAUAGGGGCAUUGACCUGUUUACAGCGGAGCUCCACGCGCCCGCGAAGCGCGCGCGAGUGAAACCCCGUUGUUAAGGAAAUUUGGUUAUCUAUCCAUCCGACAAAUUUUGGUUGUGACGUCAGCGUACUCCCACCGGAUCGUACAGACUCUGGGGGACGGGGAAGGGAGUUCGAAAACAGCCCGACUGUGAGGUGGAUACUGCUUUUUUUGGCGGGAAAUCGCGCUUCUGGACCAUGGGCAGCCCGCUGGCGGGAAAUAGCAUAACCCCUCGUCGUUUUGAAAAAGACACAGAGAGGUUUCUUUCUUUUACAGCUUUUUCAUAACAAAGCUAUUUACAGUGCUAAAUUUGAAACUUAAUUGCAAAAUCAUUGCUAGUUAUGUCAACAAACGAGAGCAGGGUAAAUAGAACGUGCAGAGGACAGACUUUAAGUGCUGAGCAACGGGAGAGUGAACGGCAGAGAGCAUUUUAGGCGGUAAAUCGCAUGGCCACCCGAGCUUUUAAAGAGAAGAAAAAACAACAACAAAGCCGAGUCUUUCUUUCGACCAUUACUAAAUGUCUAUAUUAACAUGGAAGAGAGAGAAAGAGUUGGAGCAACGGAGACCAACUUCAUUUGAAGAAAAACAUGAAAAUUGUAUAGCGGCGGUGAGAAAAUGAGAAAUGCUGGCGGCCACCAAGGUGAAAAUGAGCGGCAGUCAAACAAAAGUGAACAGGAACAGAUACAACAUUUCCUCCACAGAACGCAUGUAACCAGGAAAUUUCUGGAAGUUUCACUUUGUAGUCAUGCAAAAUAACGGCAAAGAAAUGUUCAAAAAAGUGUGCUGCACGUGCAAAGUUGUUUUUUUACGCGGGAUGACGUAGUCAGCCAGCGUCUAAAAUUCGGUAGCGCAUUCCUUUCGUCGUCUUGGGAGUCAAAAAUUGCCUUGUUUUUUUAACUUUCCCGUAUCCCGUGCCCGUCCCGAAAAAUUGUGUGGAUUUUUAUUGGCCCCAACGUCGAAGCACGUGCAAGUCAGGCUGGAUUGCACAAGCCGAUAAAACAUACUGCGUCAGCAAAGGAGGGAAAAGGAAGCUCACUGUUUAGAGGAGGACGAAGACUCAAGGCCGUGCUCUUAAUACGGCGCAAGACUUGGCCUCGGGCGACUGAAAAUAUUGUCUAGGUGGCCCAGCCGGGCGACUUGCUGGUGUUGGUUUCUUGUUUCUGUUGAGUUACAGUCAAAAAGCUAAGAAUGCCUAGAAUUUACUACUUGCGAAAUCGUAGCUCUCUCGGUGGCUUCGCAGCCUAAAAAGAACGCUCCUCUCGCUAAGAAACUCUUGAGGUCGACUCUGUAAGUAGCAAUAAGUAGCAUGUCUAUCAAAAAGCUUUAGGAAAAUGUUGUUAAAUCGGGCAGCGGGCACGCGUUGAUGUUCAAAGGUCGUUUCACGUGAAUUCACAUGUAACAUAAUCCUUGACUAUGAACGUGACAAGCUGCACAGUUUUCGAUAGUAACAGCUUUUCAUAGUAACAUUGAAAUUUUUUCUUCAAAUUAGGAUUGUUCAUUAGUUAGUUUUUCAAAACAAGUUGUUACUUUUGCUCUGACGGGCGUGAAGUACGGUCGGCGACGCAAAACAAUAGUUUUGUAUUUUGAAAAAUCGCUGAAUAAACAAGGGAGUCGGUCUUCUAUGUUCUUUAAAUAUUUUUACCUUUGUUGACUGCUGUGUCUGCGAGGAUAAAACAUAACUAAGAUUGUUAUUCCAGUAAAAUACGAUGCAUAAAAAAGAAAAGAGACGACUAUUAUAAUUGUGAUUGUUCUAGAAUCGGGUAUAAAGGGGGUAUAAAUCUAUAAAAUCCCGCAUUGUCUUUCGUCUCGUGACAAGGCAUUACGUAUCACGUACUAAAAAUAAAUACGCAAAAGCUAACCGAAUCUACAUUUGUCCUGAACAUUUCACCGGUAAUAUAGAAAGAAAAUACUUCUGUUUUGCGCUUAAAAGACGACUUUACAACAAGAUGAUCUAUUCAAAAAAGAUAAUAGUUUUGGGGCGGCCCCCGGUGGGGGGGCACUUCCUUAUAAAGAGGCUAAUGGGGAGGUGCCGCUGGAUGGGGUCGCAUUUUCACGACUACAUGCAGAUUAAUGGGGUUGCAUUUUCAAAAGAGUUACUAGAAUGGGGUCGCACAUUUUCGGAUUUUUGGGGUAAGAGAGCUUUUCAUAUUUACGGUUAGCAAACCUAUCAGGAUAUUUGUACUGUAGGUGGUCAAUUCAUUUCUUGAUGACCUAUUUAAAGGAUUGAUAAGGUAGAUACAUAAAUAGAAAGUGACUAACUUGGGAUCGCAAAAAUUACAUAUUUCCCCAAGAGUGACUAAUAUGGGGUCUACAAUAUUGGCCACAGAAAAGACUAUAAUGGGGUAGGGGUUCUGAGAGGCCAGCGGCACAUACCCAGCAAAAAUUAACGCAAGUAACCCCCCCCCCGGGGGGGGGGGCGCCGCGGUUUCGUUGAAAUCAUAACAGUUUUCCCGGAAAGCUCCACGGGAUCUCAGUUAAUCUUAAACAGGAGCUCCUGACCUAAAUCAAAAUGAUUAGUAAAAAGAAUACUGCCCUUAUUUUUGACCCCCAAAUUUAUUUUUCCAUUUAAAAAACGUGAAAUGUUCUGCGGCGUGGUCCAUGUUUCUCAUAUGGCGCGAAAACUUACUUUCAUAUGACAACAUGCGGGUUUUUUUUUUUUCUUACGCUCAGGAGGUCAAAGGGAUGUGAUUUUUCAUGAAAAAAAUAUUCAAAAAAUUCUGCUUGACUUGUUAAGAAAAUAAUUUGUUUAAUGUUUAAUAAUUAACUAACAGCUCAUUGAUUUAUUAAUUUGGGCGACCAACUUAGAGGCCCGGGUAGCCCAGCUAAAAAUGCUUGGGGAGCCCAAAGGGCUCUCUGAAAUUUUCCCUAGAGCACUUCCUUGCAGCCCUGUAGUUAUUGGAAGUAUGAUACAUUACAUGCUAUUGUUAAAUGUGGAAGUGCAUUUUUUGAGGACAUGGGGUAAAGGAAUGCAAAUUUUAGUGAACUACCCCAUACUCCUAACAUAUAUGGUGGUAAUAUUGAUGUAAGUUUUGUUUUGAGUAGCAAAGGAACCCUUGUGUGUAACUCAUCUUCUAGUGUAUUAGUCCUUAACAGAACAUCUCCGUCUCUCCUGCACACAUUUGUUGCAUACACUACUCAACUUCCAUUUCCAUCCAACAUACCGGUACCCGUAAUUCUUUCUUAAACCCACACAUCCCGCGUAAGCGCCUUCGGGCGUCUUCUUGUUUGCUAAUUAGACCUGUUUUUGUUUUUUUUGUUUACAGUUCUCGUUGUCUUCACCAUUUCUUUAACAUCACACGAUUUUAUAUUUUGUUUGAGUAAACUAUUAAUAUUAAAGAGAACUUAGCAGCUCUGGCUAAAUCUAUAUAUUAUCAAAACAAUGGGUGUGUUCCAUUGAUUGUAUUCCGGAAUAAGGAUACGCCAAAGGUUUUGAAGCAAAUCCCUUGUACCAUGAUCUUUGGAUUACGUAAACGCUACGUACAUUGGAAUAUUCUAUUUCAAGCAGAUUUCAAAAUAUUGCAGUGCAAUGAAUGCCAAAACAUGUGGUUUCGAGAGUUUCUUCCAUUUAUUCUUAUUCAGUGGAAUACGCCCUAAAUCAGAUUCUAUUGUUCCUGAUAUAGGGAUCUCUGUCGGAAGUACAAAGAUUUGUAUAAGCAGAAGUUGCUGUCAAACAAACAGACUGAUGCACUCGACAAGAAACUUGAGGUACGUAACAUUUUCUUUAAUUUUGUGAUAUAUGAAUUCAUUUUCAUGAUUGGUCAGGUGCAUUACAGAUCUUUGCAAUCAACCUCCGCACCCUUUAAUGCCAAUAUAUUAAAAUCCAUACUUAGCUGCGAGGCUUGGGGGAAUAAAACAAAAGAAAUCAUCUUGAGGGUCAGUAAUGAAUAAUACGUUUAUUUUGUUUUAUUCCUCCAAGCCUUGGAGCCAAGUAUGAAUUUUGAUAUAUCAAAAAUGGUCUAUUGUUUUUGGUCUCUUGCAUAAAAUGAAAUAGUCUAUGUAUUCAGUUCUGUCAUGCAGCUACGUCUAGGGUAGUGUCCGUAACAGACUUACGAUUACGAUGGACAUAUUUGCGAUUAUUGUAAUCGGACGUUUGACGCAAAAAAUAUAUGUCGUUUCUCGUGGAAAUGCACUUAACAUUUAGUAAUAAAGUAAUUGGCAUAAAUCAAAUUAGCAAAGUAGCCAUGUAACGUAUCAUGUAAAUAAUUGACCUUUUGCCCCAUUUUACGUCUUUUUUGAUCUUUAGGAACUUGAAAACAAGCUAGAUGUGUUAAAUAUCACCAUUUGUAGACGUCAGGCGGCUUAUGAGGUUGGUACUUUUAAAUGUUAAUACGUUUCACCGUAGUAAACAUACUACAAUUAAGGAGCUUAAGCGACGGCGACGGCAACGAGAACGGCAAAAAACAGAAGGUCUAGAUUGGCAAAACACCGACUUUGCACGUGUACAUUUCUUUACCGUCUCUACACGGCUACGACUUUAAACUGCCUAAUUUCACGUUUUGUGGAGGACGUGAACACAAGAUAACAAAAAUUUGCCUACAUUUGACGAAUUGAACGAGAUGGAAUACGUGAGAUUAAGUUUGAGGCAGAGCGAACACACUUUUUAACUCACGUUUUCAUAGACGUCGCCGUCGUUGUUGCUGAAGGUUCCUGUUACCUCUAGCUUGAGAAAACGGCCGACAUUCCGUGAUUCCACCAACGGUUUCGUAGCGAAAUGUCGUCUGAGAAAUGUGCACAGAAAUUCCAUACUAAUGACGCGUCACUACCCUCAUCCGUUAAGUGCUUCUGAUAGGUUGAAAAUUUGUUUCAACCAAUCAGAAGCACUGCCCAGAACUGGGUAGUGACACGUCGUCAGUAUGGAAUUUCUGCAGUCGUUUCUUAGACGUUAUUUCACGGGGAAGUCACUGGUGGCGUCGCGAAUCUCGGCUGUCUUCUCAGGCUACACUACUUUUCUUACAAAAUUUUUAAGUCCUGGUAAAAGCCCAGCAACAGAAAACACAAACACGCGGAAAAAGCUAAAAAGUGGGAUCAAAAUGGGUGGUUUUCCCUUUUGGGGCUAGUGAGCAGAAAAUGGGUUGACUAGCUUCAAACGGAGUCUUUCUUUGUCUCCUGAGGGCGCAUGUCUUAAACUCUAAUCUCUGUUACAAUAGGAGGCUGCAGCUUUGAGGAAAAAGAAGAAGAAAGCCGAAGAGAAGAAAAGUGGUGGGUGGUUUUCUGGAUGGUUUAGCUCCAAGAGUAAAAGCAAGAAGGAAGAGCAGCAGCCAGGUGAGCCAUGCACCUUCAUUUUUCUUCAUCUUUAAUUUGUUAACUCCAUAAUGGAGUGGUAUUACUAUUUCAACGCAAAACGGAAACGCAAGCAAGUUUUAUUCAAAUUCUGUACUUCUUUGGCACGACCAUAGACCCUGUUCGAGCAUUUGAAAAAAUGAGAGAGGAGAGAGAGAGUUAAAUUUUCGGACAGUUCAAAGUCUUGAUUAAGUACUAGAAUCGAAAAGUCGUUGGAGAUUUUGUGGAGUACUUUGUUGUUGCUGUUAGCUUUUUUAUUCCUUUCAAUUAAGAUAGAUUAGUUAAUGUUUUUGAUCUAUAAUUUAGUUUUUGUAACGUAAAUAUGCAAUUCAGUUGUCGAACUGCUAUGUAUUUAUGAAGUAAUAAACUUCAAACUUGUUCUAAAUUGCUAUUGUGGCACAUACCGUUGCUUAUAAAGUAUGCUAUGCAGUUGGAAAUACAUUCUCUUUAAUUUUUCAUUUCAUAAACAGUUGCGCUUUGUCGCAUGACCCAAUUUACACUGCCAAAUGGUCAAGCCAUUGGUCAAGUGGCUACUUUGGAAAAGCUUAAAACAUGAAAAGUAUGAAAACGUCUCCCUUUAAAUGGCCGUAGUUGCUUAUGAAUGCUCUAACCGUACUGCUUUCACUGGCAAAAGGGACUAAAGAGACCUUAUGUUUUGAACAGAAAUCUUAACAGAGGAACAGAAGAAAGAAGAAUUAGAAAAGCUGUACUCUGCUAUAGGCUAUAGUGAAGGGGAAGUCAUCACUGCAUUUCCAAAGGAGGUAAUUUAUAGAUUUAGCCAGGGCUAAAAGCGAAGCCUCAGUUUCUAUACUUAUGAUAAAAGCAAUCAAAUUAAAGUAAUAACAUGAACUCUAGGUGAAAAAAAAAAGAAGAAAUCUUCACAUCCGUAAGAGCCUUCGGCAUGUUGUUUUGUAGGGCGCAAAUAAUAAAGAAAUUACAUACAGUCAAACCUCCCGUGAGAGACCAUCUAAAAUGGGAAGACUUACUGGUCGCUUACGGGAGGUAGUCGCUUGCGAGAAUCGGACCACAGGGGACCUCUUCCGAGAAGAGGUCCAGACAUCUGUUUUAUGGAAGAUAAUUUGGUGCAUGCAAUUUCUACGUUGCGAUGUGUGCAGUUUCAUGUUGUCGUUAAAAGUUCUUCGUAUACUCUAAAAAGCCCAGUACAUGGAGCGAGCAUAGAGGUUAAAGACAACGGAAAAUUAUUAAACCGUCAGUCCCGAAACGUGUUCGCGGUCGCUUACGGGAGGUGGUCGUUUACGAGUGGUUCUUACUUGUUAUAAAAUGGCUAAAAUCCUUUCCGUCAAUGAUAAUUCUGGUGAUGGGGUACUUUUCUUUAGCAUAUCACCGUUUAUCUCUCACAGCUGUUGUUUUUACCUUCUGCGGUGACCCCCUUGCCCAAGGGAUUUUCUUAUUUACAAGGAUGAAUUAAACCUUAUGUUGAUAUUGCUCAUGUCGUUGUAACAGUCAUUAUGUGAAUGAAUGGCUUUGAAACGUUUGUUCUAACGAGCUAAUACACGUGAACAUUUUCUUGGUUCAUUUUAUGAUUUAGUAUGUCGAAAAUAAAGUCAUCAUGCAUUUAAAGCAAAUCAGCGUGGCUCUCAGAGACAUCACAGGAGACACGUGAGUGUUUAAUACACAUUACUUUAGCUUUACAGUCUCACAUGUCAGCUUUAAGGCUAGGUUCAGACGGUACCGGUCGAAUUUUCGACCGGCUGAAAAAUUUGGGCGAACACUACGUUCACACGGAAUUAUUCAAUAGAGCGAUUUGAUUGGUUUAUGGCACGGAUACAAACGCGCGUGGCUUUUGGUUGGUUAAGCGAAUGCUCGGGUGAAAAAACUUCAUGCUCCGAGAACUUUCUAGAAAUCAACCGAUACUUCGCUUUGACGUCAUGCUGCAACACGAUUGGCCAAUCGAACAAUGCCCUCUCCAUUUUAGGGUUUUCUUUGGCGGGAAAACGAAGAAGCCAUGUUUUGAUCUUUUUAUCCAUUGGCUGAUAAAGCAAAUAACGAACACUUACCGAAACCAUUUUUCAAGGUCAUACGAAAAUCGAUCCAUUUUCGCUUCGUUUACGCGGAAAUUUGAACGGUUAGGCGUUUAAAUUUACGCACGGUUAAGGUGGCUCCGUGUCAAGGGAACUGCUAAACGCACGAAUCUACAACUGGUCGAAAAUUCGUUCGGUUCCGCGUCAACGUAGCUUAAGUUUACAUCGCGCCAAAAAUUAUCUUACUGGGCGUCGUAUUUUCCCUAGUGUACUGACGUUCCUGACGACACUGAAAAACGGUUGUGACUUUAUUUGCCCUUGUUCUCAAAGAGUUUGACUAAUAUUAAACUGUCGUGGGGUUGUCGACAUUCAAUUUAUCUUUUCGUGAGAGCGGAAGUGAGGUUUGCAUCUGACGACGCACUGAAUAUCAAUAUCGUAGCAACCUAAUUAUUCUUCAUUUGCAAUCUCCUGUGGUCAGCUUUUCAAGGACAGUCCUUUGCUUUGCAUUGUUAUUGUUAUAAAGGUCCGAGCAUAUCUGAUGAAAAACAUGUUAAUGUUUUAGGCGAAAUGAUGUUGCAAGACUAAGUUUCCAGGACUUGUUAGCAGAGCUUUCUCAGAGACCCUCUGCUCAAGCUAUCAAGUAAGUUAGGACCAGUAAUUUCUAGGAAAACCAAGCAUCAUUUCAGAGGGAGUCCAGUCCUCGAUCCCCCGGGGCCCGCCGGCCUUGAUCGCGUCAGGUUUUAUUGAAGAUUUUGUUAGCUGUUGAGAAAGGAGUUGACCACUGCAAGAUCACAUAGGAAGAGGUUUCAUUUGAAAAGUCACUCCAUAGGAUGUGGUACCCAGAGUAUUGAGUUGGAUCGACGUUAAAGGAAAGCAUAUUUGAACAAUAAUUAUUAUUCAUUCAAAAUAUUUCCUCAAUUCUGAUUAGCUAAAAGGACACGCAUAAGUCACCAUAACCAUCAACCUCAUUCAUUAAUUGCUAAUUAUUUAAUGAUAAUUUUAUUUAGAGUGACGGCAAAGGUUGACAUGAUGAAGAUGUUUGGUUCUGCUGACAGUAAUGGACAGAUGCCACUCAUGAUAACGUCACAAGAUGACAAACCAGGUUUGUCUACAUAUAAAGCUACUCAAAUUGUAGCCUGGGAAAACAGCCGACAUUUUGAGACGCCAUCACUGGUUUCCCCGCGAAAUGACGUCUGGGAAACGAGCGCAGAAAUUCCAUACUGAUGACGCGUCACUUCCCAGACGUGGGUAGUGCGUCUGAUUAGCUGAAAAUUUGUUCCAACCAAUCAGAAGCACUACCCAGAUCUAGGUGGUGACGCGUCAUCACUAUGGAAUUUCUUCACUCUUCUCUCAGACGUCAUUUCAGUGGUGGCUGUUUUCUCAGGCUACUCAAAUUGCCUCAAAUGAGACACUGUCUGGUGAUCAUCAGUCAAGCUGAAGUUGCUUGCAAACUGCCUUUCCAUUCUGUUAUUGCGAGAGUGUUCAAGGAUUACUGUAUUUUUUGCAGAUCAACACCUUGCCCUGUUCAAUGCGUCCUUUGAGACAAAUCCUCUUGAUGGGAAGUGUGACCAGAGAGCUGUAGUGUCUUCACAGCCAGUCAAAGUUAUCUAUGAUGCUGUAAGUAGUUAUUAGUGAGUUUACGCAACAGGACGGCAGAAAGAAGAGGACGGCAAAACGCUUGUGUGUGACAAACGUGACAGGGCUAUUACUUACGUGUUUUGUCGUGAUCUUCACUUACAUUAAUGUUUUCUGGUCUUUUACAAAACGUUCUGUUUAAUGGACUGUGCAGUUUGGCGAAAUUUUUUUUCAAAAAAGAUUAAAAAUCUUGUCACACUUUACACAGAGGGUUUGCCGUCUUCUUUCCUCUCCCGUCCUGUUGCGUAAGCUCGCUAUUAUGAACAGGUUAGGCUUAGCGAAAGGUUGAAAGCUCAAGUAAAGAACAAGGAGGGAUGCCAAGUUUCCUAAAAGUGGAAUAAAUAUUGCAGAGAUGGCGAUUAAGCAACAAUCUGAAGGGAGGUACAGUAGACGUGCACCGUUGUAAACCUCUUAUUUCACUGGUCCCCUUUAAUCUGCACAUCCAUUGUUUUCAGGGAUAGGGGCAUUGUUGUGUGACAAUCCCUAUUGUUUUCCCAGUUAAUCAAAAACAAUCUUUCAAAUAGGUGCGGGAUCGCCCGGGGGUUAUGGAUAUCUCCUGGGAGAAAGAAGAAACCGUUGAGUCAUUUGACUUCAGACGCCUAGUACAAUCCUCUGGGAAAAAGUGGUAUUUGUGGAGGUAGACUCCAACCAAGGAGUAGUCUUCCCCGCUGGCUUUGGAAGAGCUGUUGGGAGCGGGAGUGGCAAAGAGGGGAGAAGAGAGGCGUUGCUUGAUGAUUAAGCUAAAAACAAUACCAUUGCUACGAAUAUCUACCAUCGAGAUUUGAGUUCCACUAGAAUGAGUUAUUUGUUCUGCUUGCACGAUAGAGUUGUUGUAUUCUUAGUAUGUAAGUGUAGGAACCAGUUAUUGUUUUGGUCGUUGUUUAAGUAGGUAAUAGUAAAGUAUUGGCCUGCUAGAAUGUUAGGAGUGCAUUAUGCAUCGAUCCAAGUAGAUUGUUUCCUCUUUGCCUCCUCAAAUUAUUGAGAUGUUUUUGUUUUCCAGAACACAGUAGAGCACGUGAUCACAUUCUUCCAACCUCCAAAAGACGUUCAUCUUUCCGAGUGAGUACCUAUAUAACUAUAUAGGCAUUUUCACGUCGUAGUCGUUCAAAUACGGCAAAGAAAUGUGCAAAAAAGUUUGAUGCACGUGCAGCGUUCUUGUUAAAAUUAUUGCUUUUUGACGUUCUCGUUGCCAUCGUCGUCGGAUCUUAAGGUGCCUAUUGGCAGCUUCUUUGUUAUUGGCAAAUAUUAGACCUGCUCGCCUCUCACAAACCACGAUGUUUGGUCAACCUUAUCCUAUAAUCAGUGUGUAUUGCUGGAAAAAGUAAAAGAUGAGGUUGAUAUUUGUCCUUUAGGUUGUCUGCAGCAGCAUAUUCCCGACUGGAAGAUUUGAAGUCAGUUUCCAAAGCAAGCCUGUCCUAUGCCAUUGAACACCACAAGGUAUGUCUAUCAUUCGUUACGACAAUUGUGGCCCUAGGAGAUGACUGAACUCGACACUACUAACAACCAUUUCCAGCCAUUAAUAGCCGAACCUCAAUCCAAGACCUCUUCGUUACAACGUAACACUCCAGUAACCUAACUGCUCUGACAUGCUCCCAGCUUGUAGACCCAACCCAAAGUGUAUUUUCUACAGUGGUAAAAUUCAGAACCGACAGUGCAAACAGUGCUAUAGGUAAAGUACUGCUAAGGAAAUUUCAAAAGAGUAGGUGUUCGAGCUUCAGCAAUGUCACCUGAAGGUACUGCUUGAUGCAGGUCACAUUAUUUGGAUGGUGCCGCGUUAGGUUUUCCGUUCACAGUAUUGAAUUUGUAGAAGUCGUCUCGAGCAAAAAAGGUACCACCCGAAAGUACUGUUCAGUAUCAUUAAUUGCAGUGGUCAAACCUUAGCAUGUCUUCGUCAGAGUUUAGGUUGUUUAAAUGGUAACCGAUAAGGUUACAAAUAAGUCAUUGUUAACACAUUCUUAACUGUUAUAAAUAUCAUGUUGGGAUGGGACAACUGGCUAGUCUUUUUUUAUUUUGCAGAUCACAGAUGUUAAUGUCGAUGUAAAGUCGCCAUUUAUCAUAAUACCCGAGGGAGGUACCUUUACAAAGUAUGUUCAACUAGUUCUUUAACACACAAUUUGCUCGGACGUUUUUGGGGUAUUUCUUCGUUUUUCACUGUAAAAGAUUGAUUCAUACUGCCCGCUUGUUAGUCCGGCUGGUGGUCCAGAAUUAAGAAAAAGGCGUCCUAAGUUACAAGUUAAUGUAGGCAGCGUGGCCGAGUGGUCAGCGCGUCGGACUCGCAAUCCGGCGGUCCCGGGUUCGAGUCCCGCUCUGGCCACUUGCUGGAUUUGUUCUCGGUCGUCCCGAGUUCAAAUCCUCGGCCACGCUUGUAAAUAGCUAACUGGUUGCCUCCUGCCAGUUAGGGGUUUUAAUCCUGUUAUGUUGUAUUUGAUUUAUUUGUUUCUAAGUAUUAACUGAUUGUAAAGCCCUUUGGAUUACUAAGAGAAAGGCGCUAUAUUAUUAUUAUUAUUAUUAUUAUUAUUAUAUUAUUAAUAAUAUUAUUGAGCUUGUCACGGUACGGUCACGUUUCCUCGGAGGCAAAGAUAAUUUCUUAAAAUGUUUAAAGCAGCUUUUUUUUGGAAUUGUAUAUAGCCAAAAGUUUCCGAUUAUCGCCAGCAUUAUUAUUUAUAAGAAUGACUGACCGAAGAAAAUUAAAACCUAGACGCAAAUGGACGGAACAAAUGAAUGCCGAUCUUCUAAGCUGCAAACGAGAGGCCGUGGCUAUGACACUAUUGGAACAACCACCGCUGGAUGGUAAUGGGAGGAAAAAAGGCUAUAUCAGAAUUAUGAGUGAGCUCUGGGAUGCGAAAGGAUACGGAGAUCUCGGACUCUCAAGCCAGAACUUACGAGAUCAAGCAGCUAGACUUGAGAAAACGCUAGAAGAGAGCUCAGAAAACCUAUCGUGGGAGGCACAGACGGACGCAAAUUCAAGAGUUCUCGCUCAAAGAAUCGUGUCUACGGAUGCUCAAAUCGGAGCAAACUCGAGAGGCUUUACUUCUUUUCCCAUAAAUACAGAUUUCUCUAUUCUUGAAGAAACAGGGAGUGAAUCACAAUAUGCUAAUCUGUUAGCCUCAUCAAACCAAGAUUUACAUAUAGUUAGUUCUCCUCAAAUCCCAGGAGACGCAGAGCAGAAAGAGCAAAGUGAAAACCACUUAAACAGCCCGGGAUGCCUUCCAGAGUAUAAUACCAUUUACAAGCCAUCUAUGAACAACUGGGGGAAACGAAGCGAUGGUAAUGCAAUUGUUAUAUCGACGUCAGUCAUAACAGAUGCUUACAACGAGAUCGCAACCUGGAGAAAAAACGUAUUCCUUGUACCGUAUGGGAAAAUAGGAAGGAAUUUUAUUGAUCAAGUGACUUUCCAUAUUAAUGACUGGAAUAGUGGUUCCGACAAUCAGCACAUAUCCCUGAAAGCAGCUUUUGUGCUUCUCGCCGUAGGGCUCCAAAAGCCAAGCCCGAAGUCUAAGGCAAAAGAUCAUCAAGAUGUCUUGUCUAAGCGCCUAAUACUUUGGAGGCAAGGUGAAAUUAAUAAGUUAUUACGCGAAGGUAGAAUUAUUCAAGGUCGUAUCGGAAAACUCAAGGCGUCGGAACCGCCCGAUAGAUCUAAGGUUUUUGCUAAGCUUGUACUGGAAGGUCAAAUCAACUCAGCGCUGCGUUUCCUGAGUGAAACAACUAGUGGUGGUGUGCUGUCUUUAACAGAUGAGGUCAUGUCGCAGUUAAAACAGAAACAUCCCAAUCCACAAUCAGCCAAAUUGGGUUCACUGCUUUUCGGGCCAAUUGAUGACCAGUAUCCGGAAUCCGUGUAUACAGAGAUUAACGGAGAGAUGGUCAGGCAAGCUGCCUUGAGAACAAAAGGAGCAGGAGGCCCGUCUGGGGUUGACGCGAAUGGCUUCAGAAGAAUCCUUGCU